GCCAAGUUCAUUGGUCGAGGCAGAGUUCCAGCUUCAGUGAAGAUGUCAUCUAAGAAAGAUGAGGGAGGUUACUUUAUUUGGUCAGAUGAAACUGUUGCAAUUUUUAAUAAAAUAUGCAUUCAGUUCAUUCUUAAGAAUGGGAGGGGACAACAGUUUAGGUGGAAGGAGAUGCAAGCCUUAUUCGAGGAGAGAACCAAAAGGAAAUGUUCUUUUAAAAGUUUGAAAAAUAAGUUUGACUUUAUGAAAAAAGAUUGGCGAUUGUGGAAGUCAUUGAAACGUGAUGACACUGGAUUGGGUUGGAAUGCAGUCAUUGGUACGUUGGAUUGUUCUGAUGAGUGGUGGAGUAAAAAAAUUAAGGAAAAGGCAGAAGUAAAGAAGUUCAAGAAUAAAGGAAUUCCAAAGAACAUUGAAGAACAAUGGGAUCAAAUAUUUGGGGACUCCGUAGCAACUGGAGUAGAGUGCGUGGCUCCAACUGCUACAAUUGUGGAGAACAACAAUCAAGAAAAUCAUCAAGUCACCGUCAACUUGGAGGAUAACCGUGAUCCUUAUGAGGUGUAUAAGAGUUACCAUGACGAACUAGAUCUGGGUAAUUUUUUUCAGGACUUUAUGCAAGAGGCUAGUGGAAAUGUUCCUUCUGUUACUACAGUUACCACUGGUGAAGAUGCAAAGACCAGUGCCACUAGUAAGAAGCGCAAACUAAGGCAGUCUAUGGGAUCAGUGAAACUUAGUGAAAAUUUAGAGAGGGGGAAUACAUGUUUUCAAGCAAUUGAGCGUCUCUUGACUAAAAAAGAGAAGGUUGUUGAUGAUUCUGUAAGUGUUGGUGAUGUCAUGGAAAUUAUGACUAGAAUGGCUGAUAAUGGCGGGCUUGUGAGGAGUGGAGACUUAUGGUUUCACAGCAUUUGUAUUCUGGAGAAUCCUACUAGAAGACAAUUCUUCAUAAACUUUAAAGAUGACGAUGAAAGGCUCAACUGGUUGAAGUUUAUGCACGCAAAAGGAAUGGUUUAAAUACCAAGUCAUACAUUUAGGAUACAAAUUUAAUUUUUUUAGAUUGGAUAUUUAAUUUCAAUUUUUAUUUGUUGAGACUUGAGAUUGAAGUGAUUUUAAUUUUUAUAUGUUGAGACUUGAGAUUGAAGUGAUUUUAAAAUUUAUAUGAUGAGACUUGAUAUUGAAGUGAUUUGUUUUCAUUCAUUUGUUUAUUUAUAGGGAUAUAAUGAGUCACGAUGAAGAUGAUGAGUUUAUGCUUCUUAUUAUGGCCGGGAUUAGUAUUCAUGAUAGAAAUGAUUUUAUUGCAUCCCAUUAUUACAAACAUAUGUACAAGGAGCCUUGCAUGGCAUCAGCUUUAAGUGGGGAGGCUUGGAUGCAAGAGGUGCUGAAUGGUCAUCCUAUUCGUUGUGUUAAUGCCUUUAGGAUGUCACCAGAUUUAUUCGCACGCCUAUGUAAGGAUUUGCAAUCAAAAUAUGAUUUAACAUCAAGUGACAAAAUCACAAUUGAAGAAAAAGUAGGUAUAUUUAUAUACACUCUAGCUUUGGGUCUUUCAAAUCGAGAUGUAGCUGAGAGGUUCCAAAGAUCUGGAGAUACCGUAAGUCGGGCAUUUCAUGAUGUCUUAGAAUCCGUCACAGGUAGGAGUAAGGGAUAUAAGGGACUUGCACGUGAUAUGAUUGCACCAAUCGAUCGGGCCUUCCCGUAUAUCCCUUAUCAUAUUUUAAAGGAUAAAAGAUAUAUGCCAUAUUUCAAGGAUUGCAUUGGGUGUAUCGAUGGAACACACGUAGCAGUAAAGGAACAACUGCGUUAUAGAGGAAGAAAAGGUAUCCCGACAUUUAAUGUUAUGGCUGUGUGUGAUUUCAACAUGUGUUUUACAUUUCUAUCAGUAGGGUGGGAGGGAUCGGCUCAUGAUACACGUGUAUUCCUUCAUGCUAUAGAGACUCCGUCGUUGAACUUUCCACAUCCACCUGAAGGUAGAUAUUACUUGGUGGAUAAAGGCUAUCCGGAUCGAAAAGGAUAUCUUGUUCCUUAUCCCAAGCUACGAUACCACUUGGAGCAAUUUGAAAAUGAAGCACCAACAAAUGCUCAAGAAGCUUUCAAUCGCUCACACUCAUCUCUUCGUAGUUGCAUAGAGCGUUCUUUUGGGGUUUUGAAAAAGAGGUGGAAGAUCUUAUCAAGAAUGCCUAUGUUUAGCGUUAAAACGCAGAUAGAUGUUAUUAUGGCAACAUUUGCUUUGCACAACUAUAUUCGCAAAUUCUCUAGCGAUGACAUGAUUUUUGAGGUUCUCGAGCGCCAUCCAGACUUCAUACCACGUGAUGAUCUUGCUGACAUUCAGAACUCAAGUUCAAGUGCCAUCAAUUCACAAACAGAAAGCUGCACUGAGAUGAAGGAACAUCGCAACAGUAUAGCGUCCUUGAUAUGGGCUAACAGAAAUUAAAUUUUUUCGCUCUUAUUAGUCAAUUAUGAUGAUGUUCAUGUUUACAUAAUUAUUUAUUACAAGUAUUUCCUACUUAAAUGUUGAUUUUAUGGGUUUUUAUUUUGUAUGGUAUACACGAUUCACGAAUGUUGUGGUUUUCUUAGAAUUCAGUGCACUAUGUUGUGUUUGUGUGUGUAUGUUGUGUUGUGUAGUACUACCCCGUCUCACUAACAUUGGGACAUGAGUAUUAUACUCCGUAUUAUACUACCUCCGUUCUCUUUUAGUUGCAACAUUGGAUUUUUUGCACUAUUCACAUCUUCUACUUUGACUACAUUUUAUUAAUUGAUAUAAAAUAAAUUAAAAUUUUAAAAAUAUUGUUAAAUUCUUCACAUUCUAAAAUUUCAAAAUAUGAUUUUUUUUUUAAAAUUUUUUACUAAUAAGGAAUGAAAGAUAUUAAUGGUCAAAAAUGUGUGUUGGCAAACAUGAAAUGUUGACUGUUGCAAUUAAAAAAGAACGGAGAAGUAUUAUAUUAUAUUAUAUUAUAUUAUAUUAUAUCGUAUCGUAUCGUAUCGUAUCGUAUCGUAUCGUAUCGUAUCGUAUCGUAUCGUAUCGUAUCGUAUCGUAUCGUAUCGUAUCGUAUCGCAUCGCAUCGCAUCGCAUCGCAUCGCAUCGCAUCGCAUCGCAUCGCAUCGCAUCGCAUCGCAUCGCAUCGCAUCGCAUCGCAUCGCAUCGCAUCGCAUCGCAUCGCAUCGCAUCGCAUCGCAUCGCAUCGCAUCGCAUCGCAU